CUCCAACAUAUACAAUGUAUAUCAAUUGCUAGUUUUGAGUAUUACUGAAUACAACUCUAUCCAUCUUUUUUGAAAUAUUUUCAAAAUAAAAAGGAUGAUUAUACAGACUAGGCAUUAUUGUGUCACUGAGAAGUCACAGAUCCAACACAACCUUGUGAUAUGUGGUUUUCAAAAAGCUAAGAUGCUGAUUGAGUGGGAUGGGACACUUGGCACCCUAGCUGAUAUACAAAUUUAACUGAUCCUCUAAACCCAUAGACGUACAGAUGAAAAUGAAAAUUUCAUCUCUGCAUGAUUUUAUGCAAUACAGACGUGUAUAAUAACCCAGAAUGUUGAAUCUGUCCAUUUGGACAUUGCGAUUUUCAGUGGGAGUGAAAUCACUCAGUCAAUUGACUUCUCUCCCAGUGAAGUGAAAUCCUGGAAUUUCCUUACCUGGAUAUUUGAGCAUGCAUCAAGACUUGUAUAAUACAACAUUUUAAUUAUUAUUAAUUGUUAUCAUUAUUGAUCAUUCAUUAUUUACUUUUCUAGCGUUAAAAAUUAUAUUUAAAAAACUCUUCCUAGUUGUUUGAAAGCUGGAAAAAGAAAUACCUUAAGGCUUUCUUGCAGUAUAUAUUUAAUAAGCUGCUUAAAUUAUUUGAUAAAAAUGAUUUGAUGAGUUGUACCUAUUUGCUGUUCGAAAUUGUUCAGUUAAAAAAAAAGGGAAAAAUCCCCGGAUGAACCAUAGCGGAAGUCUCCGUCAAGAAGGCUUAGAAGAAUGUUAGCUAUGAAUGUUUUCCGGAGUAUCCCCGGUGUUUUACGGUAUUAACAGAAUCAGUCUUUGUUCUUCAGUUACUGCGUGCUAGAGAGCACAACACAGUGGGAGUGACUGUUGUGGACGAACUACAUAUGUAGCAUUUUAGGGCAUUUCCCCGCCUCUGAAGGGCGGCUCGAAUGUCUCGAGGUAAAUACCACCGCAGCUGUCAGGAGGGCAAUGUAACAUUGGGACCUCAUCUCUAGCUGCACUUCCGCGUUGUCGGCUACAAAUGGGUCAACACCAACGACGUUAGAAAAGACUUGUUUUUAGAGAAGACAGCGAGGGGUAUAGCAGUACCAGGCUACUUUACAGCCCUUGGUUCGUCGCAAGGCAUGAAGAGGAAAACGAAAGUCAUGGGUGCAAGUCACAGCUAUGGUUCUGCGAGUUCAAGGUCUGGCACAAGAGGCGUUGUAGCACAGCAGGCAACCUCGUCCUCGGCUCAAGAGUUCUUCCCUGUUCCUCUGGAGAUCCUGGAGGAAAUCUUCCUACAUGUUCCGGCCAACCAGGUGGUUCUUGUUUGUCGGUUGGUGUGCCCACUGUGGAAACAAGUGGCUGACAGUGAAUCUUUAUGGAGAGUAAGAUGUAGAAGAGAAGGAUACAACCUUCGUGAUUCUUCCAAAACACCUGAAGACUGGAGGUUAUUUUACUUCUUAUGCAAGAAAAGAAGAAAUCUUCUCAAGAAUCCAAGAGGAGAAGAAAACAUGACAGGUUGGACGAUAAAGAAUGGUGGUGAUGGGUGGAACCUAGAGGACGUUAUGGUGCCACAUCCAAAUGAAGUAGUCAAGAAAAACUUUGUGACCUCUUAUGGAAUGUGCACAAAGGAGCAGGUAAUUGAUUUGGAGAAGGAAGGCUACAGCGCAGCCUUUAUGGAUAACCUCAAACCAGACAUCAAAAUAUCUGAUUGGUAUGCACCACGAUGGGAUUGUGGGUGUGAAUAUUCAAUCUCUGUUGCAUUGCUGGAUGCAAAGCAGAAGGUUAUCCAGUCCUUUACUCCCCCAAAGGUUUUCUUUGAUCAGUGGAAUGAUCAGGAGUGGAAUCAGACGAUCCAUGUAUUCCGGGACUAUGGACGAGGAGUGAGAUACAUUCAUUUUUGGCAUGGUGGCAAGGACACACAGUUCUGGGCUGGAUGGUAUGGAAUACGUGUCACAGACAGCAGCGUUGAAAUAUGUCCAGCAGUGGACACAUAGCUUGUUGGAAUUUGUCCAGUUCUUCCAUCCUGUGUUUGCCUGCAAUUGCACAUUAUCUUCUUACAUCUUACUGACCAUCUAUUCAUGUUUCCAGAGCUAUAAUCUCUGUAUGUGCACAAGUUUUCCAGUGAAAAGCAAUUUUCUUUAAUGUUUCACACAGAACACCUUAAAUAAACAAAAACGUGUUCACUUGCUUUUUGUGAUUGUCAUUGUGAUGUCAAUACUGAAGAUUACUGAGUAUUGUUUAAUUUGGCAGGCUAAGUACUAUUUCAUGUACAAAUACAUGUAAAAGUUUACCCAAAUUCAAAAUAAAAGGAUCACUACUUUGUAGCUGGAUUUCAGAUUUUCAUGAGUCCAUCCAUCUAUCCAUCCAUCCAUCCAUCCAUCCAUCCAUCCAUCCAUCCAUCCAUCCAUCCAUCCAUCCAUCCAUCCAUCCAUCCAUCCAUCCAUCCAUCCAUCCAUCCAUCCAUCCAUCCAUCCAUCCAUCCAUCCAUCCAUCCUCUUCGACUUAUACUUUUCAGGUUUGUGGAGGGCUGGAGCCUAUCCUAGCUGUCUUAGUGUGAGAGGCAGAGUAGACCCUAGACAGGUUGUAAGUCUUUUGCAGGGCUAACACAGAGACAGACAACCAUUCGCUCUCACAUUCACUUAAGGGCAAUUUAGAGUUACCAAUUAACCUAAUUCUACUGCUUUUCAUGAUCCAUAAUUAUCAACAUUAAAACAAAAAAUGUUUGGAAAAAUUUACUUUGUGUAAUGAUUUGUAAGAUGCAAUUGUAUAAUUUGCAUAAAUUAAACUUUUCAUGUUCUCCUUUAAAUUUGUUAAAUUUUAAUCUGGAAAAUUUCAGGUAUUUUUGAGAACAGCUACUGAUUCAGACAUAAGAACCCCUUCAGUUUCAUUGAACUGGAUGUAUAAGAUCUUGUCAGAAGCCAGUUAUUUCUGUUGAGAGAUUGAUUUGUUUAGAUGUCUGCUAGUUUAACUGUGAUUAUUGGAGAUAAAACCUGUCCUAGUUUUGAGGUUUUUGUCAAAUAAUAAGCAAGUAUGAUUUAUAUUUGUAUUCUGCUGUUGAUAUGGAAUGAAUGAGUAUUCAGUGAUUGGCCUUGACUUGUUUGUCUGGAAGCCAGCAUGUGACUUAAUCCAUAUUUGCCUUACACAUACUUGCCUUUACUUUCCAUUUUGUAGUGUGAGAACUGGAUGUAAGCUUAAAUGUUAACACAUGCUUCAGAGGGAAAGCUAAAAGCCAUAUACUGUAUAGGACUGUGUGAAAUUUAAAAAACAAAAAUUAAAGUGCAUUGUUGUGCUUUGCGGUUA